UCGCUCAAUAUGUGGUCGUUAAAUCAGGGAGUAGUCUGAGGACUUUUGGGAAGUGGUGGAUUCUGCAUGUACCAUAUUUGAAAAUAAGGAUAUAAUAUUAAAAGGAUGCAGAGUUUUAUAAUACUGAGUUUGAUAGCAAUUGUGUGGUGUACAAAUUAUCAUAUACGAAAAAGUACCGAAUGUAAAAAGUCAUAUGAAUGUAGCAAAGCCAAACCUUGCUGUAGGGAUGCUGACGGUCAUGCACUUGCUGGUCAACAACACUUUGGGAAACAUAAAAGUUCAUCACAAAGUGGAAGAUGUUCCAGUUUACUCGGAAAGGAGAGAGCUAUUUGUGAUUCUGCUUGCGGUUGUGAAUCAGGUUAUAAAUGUUAUCGACCAAUGUCUGGAGUAUGCUGUCCUCCAAUGAGAUGUUACAAUGCCACGUGGGUAGAACAAAGACAACGUUACUGGGCUAAUUGUCGCCCUCCAACAUGUUUUUUUCCUAGAUAAAAUAUACAUAAAAGAGACAUAACAUAACAAUAAAAUAUUAA